UCUCGCUAAAUGUUAUAUACAAAUUUAUGUAAAGACUUAAAUUAAUUAAAACUUUAUAUUCGUGUGUAGAAAAACACCUUUAAUUAUAAAAGUUGAGAACAAAUACUUUAUUUACUUAUUCUCACAACAAACAUAACUUUCAAGGAUAGAACAUGCUGUUUGGUUGCCAUAGUUACCGCUAAACAACAGAUCAAAGAUGGCGAGCUCGCUGACGUCACUAGUGCUGCUGGUCUGGCUGCCCGUGGUCAGGGGUGUCACGUGUGACGAGGUCGUUGACCUCUCGCACGUCCUGGGGCCAGACUCGAUCUUCUUCCCCGUCUUCAACCUGCCCUUUAACCUCACGGUCCUGGAGAGGGGGCAGACGGCAGACGGCUAUUGGUUCGAAUACAACAAGUUCGACACCUUGGAGCACAUGGGUACUCACCUGGACGCACCUGCACACGUCCAUAAAGGUGGCUGGAGGGUCCACGAGAUUCCUGUCAGUCGUCUGGUCGGGCCUGGUGUCGUCAUUGACGUGCGGCAACAAGUUAAAAAUAACCCGGACUACAGGGUCACAGUCGCAGAUCUACAGAGGUACGAGCGCCGUUACGGCAGGAUUCCUGACGGUGCCGCAGUCUUUAUGUGGUCAGGCUGGGACGUCAGGUACCCCGACCCACAGACCGUCUUCAACACCCCAACCCCUAACGACAUUUCCACAUAUCAUUUUCCUGGUUUUCACCUGGAUGCCGUCAACUGGCUGAUCAAGUCCCGCACCAUCUACAUGCUGGGUGUGGACACUCCCUCCAUAGACUUCGGCCAGUCCAGAGUCUUUGAAGUCCACCAGGCUUUCACCGCCGCCAGGAUCCUGGGCCUGGAGAACGUCAACAACCUGGGCAGACUGCCCGCUAGUGGCGCCACGGUCGUGGCCGCACCGGUCAAGCUGCAGGACGGAAGUGGCGUGCCCAUCAGGAUACUCGGUCUCGUGCCUGAAGGUCGCACAGGGCUCAGGGGGAGAGCCAAGCGGUCGUCUGCUAGACUGAUCUAGGGCGUCACGUGAUCUGAUGUCAGAAAUAUUUCCAGUUGAAAGCCAGCGCCAAAACUUAUCAAAAGUGAAACCUCUAUAAAAUCUGGCAAACCAGUCAAAUAAAAGACGGAAACUUGG